AUGGCGGUGACUCCCAAGGUCACCAAAGCCAAGCCGCUCGAUGUCUUGAAUGGUGAUGCGCCUGUGUCUGCUGAGCGGGCGGAGACCGCCCUCGACCCAGAAUCGGAAGAAGACAUCCCUGUUGAUGACCAGGAGCUACAGGAGGCUUUGGGACGGCCGCCGCCGGUGAACAGCAGUUAUCUUCCUUUACCGUGGAAGGGGCGCCUUGGAUAUGCCUGUCUAAAUACUUAUCUACGAUUCUCUAACCCUCCGGUGUUCUGCUCGCGCACGUGUCGCAUUGCUUCCAUUCUAGAGAAUCGACACCCUUUACAGGAUCCCGAUCAGCCUCCACAUGCCACCAAGAACCGUCCAGACCGCGAUCAACCCGCGGAGGUUGCGCGUGGACAAGCAUUUGUCGAAGCAUUAGGCCUGGCCAAUGCGCGCGAUCUUGCCAAACUCUUUCGCUGGAAUGACAAGUACGGCAUCAAGUUCAUGCGAAUCAGCAGCGAGAUGUUCCCAUUUGCCAGUCACAAGGAAUAUGGGUACAAAUUGGCUCCAUUUGCCUCUGACGUUCUCGCCGAGGCGGGACGGGUGGUCGCAGAACUCGGCCAUCGAGUCUCCGUCCACCCCGGUCAAUUCACACAGCUCGGUUCGCCCAAGCGCGAAGUGGUGGAGAGCUCCUACCGAGACCUGGAGUAUCACUCCGAGCUAUUGCAGCUUCUGAAACUACCGCCGCAGCAGGAUCGUGAUGCAGUGAUGAUUCUCCACAUGGGCGGUGUCUUUGGCGACAAAGCGGCGACGCUGGACCGCUUUCGCGAAAACUACGCCAUAUUAUCGCAGGAUAUCAAAAAUCGACUCGUGCUGGAGAAUGACGAUGUCAGCUGGACUGUUCACGACCUUCUCCCCAUCUGCGAGGAAUUGAACAUUCCGCUCGUGUUGGAUUACCAUCACCACAACAUCCUCUUCGACGCAAAUGAGGUUCGUGAGGGCACCGAAGACAUCAUACCCCUAUAUGAACGAAUCGCAGCGACGUGGUCACGUAAGAACAUUACUCAAAAGAUGCACUAUUCCGAGCAGACCUCUCCCGCCAUCACGCCUCGCCAACGUCGCAAACAUAGUGACCGCGUGGCUACCCUGCCACCGUGCGAUCCGACUAUGGACCUCAUGAUUGAGGCCAAGGACAAGGAACAGGCCGUUUUUGAGUUGAUGCGAAACUUUAAGCUUCCCGGUCAUGAACUGUUCAAUGACCUCAUCCCUCACGUUCGAACCGACGAGAACAAGCCGUUCAAACCACCACGCAAGUCCAAGAAGAACGGAGGAUUUGUCGAUCUCGAAGGAUCUCUCCCUCCACCGCCUACUAUUCCCGAAGAAGAGGUUGGUAUGGGUGGCCCAGAACGAAGGGUGUAUUGGCCGCGAGGGAUGGAAGAAUGGUUGCGCCCGGCAAAGAGAGUAGUGAAACCCAAGGCCAACACUACUCCGGCCAAACGACCUGCGCCGAAGAAGGUGAAGAGCGAACCGGCCAGUCCUGCCGCCGAACUGGAGACUCCAGUGAAGAAAGCUGCCAAAACAUUUGCGCGACGAACACCAUCCAGCAAGUCUCGUGCAAAGCGCAAGACCGAACAAGCCGAAGCUACACCCGAGUCUGAGGAUCUUAGUAGCCCUCCCACCGACUUGGACGAGCUUGAAACUCCUCCACAAUCGACGACUCGCCGUAGUGGUCGAGCGAAAAAAGUCAACUAUACCGAAGACAGUGCCUAG